AUGGCCUCCGCCGCUACGCCGCCAUUUUCGCACUUCCCCCUCGACGCCGACGCCCUUGACCUUCUUCUCCGGCGGUGCGCCACCGCUCACCAUGCCAAGCAAGCCCACGCCCAGAUCCUCCUCCACCACCACACCUCCUCCGCCUUCCUCACCGCCCGUCUCGUCGCCGUCUACUCCCGCCUCAACCUCCUCACCGAUGCCUUCUCCGUCUUCUUCUCCACUCCUCACCCCGGUCCCCUCCCUCCUCUGGAACUCCAUCCUCCGUGCCACCCUCUUGCACGACCGCCCCGCCGAAACCCUCUCUCUUUACAAGCAAAUGCUUUCCGCCGCCGUCCUCCCCGAUACCUUCACCUUCCCUCUCAUCACUCAAAGCCGCCUCCUUUUCCGGCAAAUCCGAAUAUUUGCAGGUGCAUUCAUGGCCACGCCAUUGCGAUUGGGUACGAAUGUCACCUCCACGUCGGCAACGAAUUGGUCGCCAUGUACGCGAACAUGGGCCGGAUGGACCUCGCUGGCUACGUGUUCGACGGAAUGCCUGUGAGAAAUGUCAUUUCUUGGAACGUGUUGAUUUCUGGGUUUGCGACCAACUUUGAUUGUGAAAACGCUUGUGAUGCGUUCCGGAGGAUGGAGUCUUGGGGGACGGGGCCGAGCCCUGUUUCGUGGACCUCGUUGCUCUCAGCGCACGCCCGGUGCCGCCGGCACGAAAAGGUUCUUAGGUUGUUUGCUGAAAUGAGGGUGCGCGGGGGCGAGGCCACACCGGAAUCCGUUGCAGUGACUCUAUCUGUUUGUGCGUAUGCUAGCAAUGGUGCAUUGUCUAAAGCAAAGGAGAUCCAUUGCUUUGCUAUAAAGAAAGGCUUUCAAGACUACUCUUUUGUGAGGAACUCGCUUGUGUGUGCUUAUGGGAAGAUGGGCAAUAGAGAGGACGCCGAAGUCUUGUUCUCUGUGGCAGGGAAAAUGGAAGUGGUUUCCUGGAAUGGUAUGAUAUCAGGCUAUGCUGCGGCUGGAUUGUGUCAUGAUGCACAUGAGGUGUUUGUUAAAAUGUCUAGCUCCGAGGUUAGACCAGAUUUGGUGAGUUGGAGUGCGGUGAUCGGAGCGUUUGCGUCUUCUGGAAUGGCAGAAAGAUCAUUUGAGCUCUUCAGAAAAAUGGUUUGUGCAGGGGUUAUGCCAAAUUCAGUGACUCUUGCUACUCUUCUCUCGGCUUGCGCAGAGCUAUCAGCAUUGCAAUGUGGUAGAGAGAUCCAUGCUCACACAAUCAGAGCUUCAAUGGAUGGUACUAUAUUGGUAGCAAAUGGAUUAGUUCAUAUGUAUGCUAAGGUUGGAAGUUUCCGGUAUGGUUGCUUAGUGUUUGAUGGAAUGGACAACAAGGAUUUGAUAACUUGGAAUUCGAUGAUUGCUGGGUAUGGAAUGCAUGGGCUCUGUGAUGAAGCAUUGGAUACUUUCAAUUCCAUGGUUAGAGAUGGACUUGAGCCUGAUGGCAUCACCUUUGUUGCAAUUCUCUCAGCAUGCAGUCACACUGGCCGUGUCUCUGAAGCCCGGAAAAUGUUUGAUAGAAUGGUAAUUGAGCAUAAGAUUUUACCAAAGAUGGAGCAUUAUGCUUGCAUGGUUGAUGUUCUUGGACGUGCCGGUCUAUUGCAAGAAGCUGCAGAGCUUGUCCAGAGGAUGCCAAUGGAGCCCAAUGCUUGUAUUUGGGGAGCUCUGCUGAACUCUUGCAGGAUAUAUAGUAACAUGAACAUAUCAGAGGACAUUGUUAGGAAAGUUAUUGGAACUGAAACCUCAAGCACAGGGAAUUACAUGUUGAUGUCAAACACAUAUGCAGUGUGUGGGAUGUGGGAGGAGGCAGCGGCGGUGAGGGUGAUGACGAAGGCGAAAGGGUUGAAGAAGAGCCCUGGGCAGAGUUGGAUUGAGGUGAAAAACAAGGUUCAUGUGUUCAUUGCAGGGGGUUCAUUACCUCAUGGUGCUGAAGGAGUUUGUGGAAUCCUUGAGGAUUUGUAUCAACAAAUGCAGAGUGGUAAUUGUGUGACCAAAUUCUGGUUUGUGUUUCAGGAGUUGGCAAAUGAAGAAUGGAUGGAAAAUUCAUAUGGUUCUGCAAAAUAA